AUGGACGGAGAUUGGGACGAGGUCGCGCGCAUACCGUUCCCCCCGCCUGGUCUCCGGGCCUUGCCGACGCCCGUCACUACCCUGGCCUUCGACACCAGCCAGGAGCUCCUGUGGACCGGGAAUGAAUAUGGCCGUGUUUCCUCCUUCUACGGCUCGAAGCUGCAGCAAUACACCUCCUUCAAGGCUCACGCCUCGCCAGGGGGACCGGUUCGCCAGCUGCUCUUCAAUGACAAGGGCGUUAUCGCGCUCGGCUCCCGCGGGGUACACAUGGCCCUGAGGAGGGGCGUGCCGCUAUGGUCGAUCAGGCACGAGGAUAUGCAAGAGCUAAGGUGCAUGAGCUUCACGUCCAAGGGCACCGCCGAGAUUCUCGUCGCGGGCGAGCACGAUAAGAUGUUCGUGAUCGACACGAACAAGGGCGAAAUUACCAAGCAGAUACCGACAGAGCACAGAUACAAGAUCAUGAGGAGGAGCCGGUAUAUCUGUGCGGCAACCUCGAGCGGUGCUGUGCACAUUAUCGAUUCGCUCAAUUUCCAGGUCAUCAAGGUCUGGAAUGCGCAUACGGCCGCUAUCAAUGAUAUGGACGCCCAGCACGACUUCAUCGUCACCUGCGGAUACUCGAUGAGGCACCAGGGCAAUUACAUGCCCGACCCCUUCGUGAACGUUUUUGAUCUCAAGAACAUGAUCUCGAUGUCCCCUAUCCCCUUCCCGGCCGGUGCUGCCUAUGUCCGGAUGCACCCGAGAAUGUCCACCACCAGUAUUGUCAUGUCGCAGAUCGGACAGAUGCAUGUGGUUGAUCUUAUGAAUCCCAAUACAAGUAAUGUACGCCAGGCAAACAGCCUGUCGUAUUUCUCCAUGAUAGAAAUCGCCUCUUCGGGCGAGGCCGUGGCCCUCGCUGAUGGUGACUGUUAUAUACACCUUUGGGGCUCGCCGAACAAGAUUCAUUUCUCCGAGUUCCCUACGCCGAUAGAAACCGCCGAUUCCACAUCGGCCACCCGGAUCGACUUCGAUACUCCCGAAACGCCAUUGAGCACGAUCGGUAUGCCUUAUUACCGCGACGUACUGUUGUCGGCGUGGCCUAGCAAUAUGGUGACUGAAGUCGGUGCCCCUCCUGUAAAGAUCGAUCCGCAAUUCCUGGCGACCCUCCAGGAGCGAGACUGGGGCUAUUUCGGUAAGAAUACGCGCCCAUUGCGGCGGAACCAGGUCGAGGAUACGCGAGGCGCCGAGAGCCCCCAGAGCUCCCUGAAGCCGCCCAAGUUCUUGAGCGAGAAGGCGAGGGAAGCCGCCAAAUCUCCAGCGGGGACCCCAGCGCCCGAAGAAAUUGUGCGCGACACUCCCCAAGUCCUACACGACACCAAACUAGAAAGUCACAAGGUCGAAGUGCCCGAGUCGUAUCAGAAUGUGGAAAUAAAGUAUAGUAAAUUUGGAAUCGAUGAUUUCGAUUUCGGCUAUUUCAACAAAACCCAAUAUUCGGGCUUGCAGAAUCACAUUGUAAAUGCCUACGCAAAUCCACUACUGCAGGUGAUGCAUUACACUCCUCUAAUCCGGAAUGUCGCCCUGCAACAUGCGGCAACGGCUUGUGUCAACGAGUUGUGUCUCCUCUGUGAACUGGGGUUUCUCUUCGACAUGCUCCACAAAGCCGAAGGGGAGGCUUGCCAGGCAUCGAAUUUCACAAAGACACUCAGUUAUCACUCUGAAGCGGGGAAGUUGGGUCUGCUUGAGGAAGAGCCUCACUCGUCGCGGACAGUCAUGCUGCAGCAGUUAACCAGGUUCCUCCUCAGACAGAUGGCUCAUUACCACGCCCUAAUGACCCAGAAUGUGCAGCCCUUUGUUGAAACACCCAACUCUGGGGCGUUCGAAGAGCUCUUCCAAACAUCCGCUACCAGUUCCAUUAGGUGCAUGAACUGUAGAAGUGAGACGACAAAAGCUGACCCUACGAUGGUAAACGAAUUGAUGUACCCGCAAAAUAAACCGGGCCACCGAAACGCAAGAGUACGAGGGACGACCUUUUCGCAAGUGCUUAAGAUGAGUGUGGAAAGAGAAACUGCCAACAAGGGUUGGUGUAAUAACUGUCGUAGAUAUCAGACAUUAGCCACCCGCAAGACCAUACACAGGGUGCCUAGCGUGUUGAUUCUCACCACUGCCAUCAACAACAAUGAUCACCGGCGGCUCUGGGCCACCCCCGGAUGGCUCCCCGAAGAGAUUGGGGUUAUAGUCGAUAGUGGGCAAUUCUUCUGUUUCGAGGGCGAAGACCUAAAGCUGCAUCUGCAACGGGGAAUCCAUAGCAUCACAGUUUACACCCUAACAGGGUUAGCUGUUAAUAUCGAGGGUGGUCAACAGCAGCGAUCCCACCUCGUAGCCAUGGCGAACAUUGCACAUUCUGCCCCAGUGGCCCCUGGGCAGAGCCAGUGGUAUCUAUUCAACGACUUCUACGUCAAGCCAAUUCCAACUCAAGAGGCGUUAACAUUUAACACAUCCUGGAAGACGCCAUCCAUCAUUGCCUAUCAGGUCAAAUCGGCUAACAACAAGCUUGAUUCGAGCUGGAAGCAGAGCCUGGAUUCUAGAUUUCUUUACGUUGACCUUCAGGGGGACCGGCCGGACAAGACAUACCGCACGCUCGAUCCACGGACUGAGCCGGCGGGGCCCAACACGAUCGUGGCGAUAGACACGGAAUUCGUGAAGAUCUCGCAACCAGAGGUAGAAAUGCAUUCGGACGGCGAUUCCAAAAUCAUCCGACCCACGGUCCAUGCUUUGGCCAGGAACUCAAUUGUGCGAGGUAGUGGUAUGGAUGAGGGGGUUCCGUUUAUUGAUGAUUAUAUCACCAUCAAAGAGAAGGUCGUAGAUUACCUUACCUCUUACUCUGGAAUUACCGCAGAGGAUCUGGAUGAGACGGUAGCACCGCAGAGGGGCCAUAACCUAGUCCCGCUCAAGAUCGCGUAUAAGAAGAUCUGGAUCCUCCUGAAUCUGGGGUGCAAAUUCCUCGGGCACGGGCUGAAGCAGGACUUCCGGGUGAUCAACAUCCACGUGCCGAAAGCCCAGGUCAUCGACACGAGCGACCUAUUCUUCAUCAAGGAGCGCCUGCGCAAGCUCAGCCUGCAAUUCCUCGCGCACACGCUGCUCAAGGAGGACAUCCAGCAGGUGACGCACGACUCGAUCGAGGACGCCCGCACGGCCCUGCGGCUGUACCGCAAGUACCAGGAGUUCAACGAGGCCGGCAUCCUCGACGCCAUGCUGCAGGAGAUCUACGCCAAGGGCGCCGCGUCCAACUUCAAACCGCCAGCCAAGGUCGGCUCCGGGUCCGGCGGCAACGGCAACGGCAACGGCAACGGCAACGGCGGCAGCGUCCCUCGGACAGACACCCCACCCGCAGACACAGCCGCUCCUGGGCCCUCGACGCCGUCCCGGAAGCCGGCCGUCGCUGCCGUCGGGUCGGCGACGCCCACGUCUACGCCCGGGAGAGGGUCAGGCUCUAGAUGA